AAUGCUUGUUGCUGGUUCACCUCCAGCUGGAGAGAAGGUCGCCUUUCCGCCUCAAAGCACUAGUCUCGAUGCCGCCUCUAACAGUGGUGGUAAAACGGCCACCUCUGCCCCCUUCCAACCGCUACCCACAACUACUCCCGUACCAUUCCCCAGCCACAUCCAGCUGGAGGGUGCCACGGGGCCUCAUGCUGAUGAGAUCAAUGGUUGCUAUGUGCUCAAAGCCUCCGCUAGUAAGGCUUUGGAGAAAUGGAAAUUCUGUUAUUUCAAACACAAGUGCGAUGAUGUUGUUAUGUGCUAUGGUGAAGGCCUACCUGAACUAGGUCCCAACGAGGGUGCUGUUGGUUGGGUUGUUGGUAAGCUCAGUGAUAGCAUAGAUAUCUUGGCACGCUGCGUGCUAGGGAAGGAGAGGAACUCUGCUAACGGUUUCAAGUGGGAGCUCAAGACUAUGAGUAAUACGUUUACUCCGACUUACACGAUGAGCGUUAAACCAGUGGUGGCAACAGCAGCAGCAGCCGCAGCAGCCGUCUGUUCUCAAGGAGAGGCCAGCGGGGGUGGAGGCGGCGGCUCGAGUCGUCGUAACAGAGAGAGAGCUGGCUCGGCUGCAGCUCAUCAACGUAUCGCGUUCGCUAGUAUGUUGGCUAGUGCACAGGCUCAGCUACUGGCAGCUCAGAGUGGCGAUGGACUCUUACCGGCACCUGCUGGUCCUAUCAGUGAUAACACCGAUGACUCGAGUUUCCUCCCGGCUGAGCUCUCGAGGUCAAGUACUGCUCUUGGUAGCGAUAGAAGGAUCAGUUUCGCGGCUACUACAACUGACAAUACCAAGCAUUCUACUACGUUGUCUUCUAGGAGGAUGUCAGCUGAUGCUCCGGUGUUCAUUCCAAGGCGUCAUACUGUUCAGGGAGGGACUCCAUUUGCUCCUGCCCUCACCACUACUGCCACUGCUAGACAAACGAAUAUCACCAAGCGGCGUUCGGUUUCUGCCAUUGAUGAUCUGUUUAAGAACGCUGAAAGGCAACAAGGAAUAUUCGUUAAUACUCGUGCUAGGAGGGUUACAUGGAAACUCGGAGCUGUCAGUGAGAAGCUGAAGUCCGUGAUUCCGGGGGAAGGGGUUCCUAGUAUAACAUUUAGACUCCCGAGAGAUAAUGGUGAACCUGGUCCUCCUAUUCAACUGGAGUUCUAUCCCUUUGGGGUGAAGGGCAAGUCCCCUCCAGGGUGUGUAGCAGUUGGUCUCGUCUGUCCCCAAGGAGCGUGUAUGCGCUUUACUGUGAGUCUUGGUAAGGUGAACAGUGGGAAGAAAGUCCUCAUGGGCAACAAAUUCCAUGUUGAUUUCUAUCCCUCAACUGGUCGGAAUUCAGAUGGCGGCACUGGUGACAGUGGGAUUGUGCAGGCGUUCAAGUACUCGGAGAUCAGUGUAACGCUGCAGCUCAUUGACUGGAUGGACGAACCGUAUUGAAGUAUCUUGAGGAUGAGGCGGUAAGAUUCAAAAUAGGUUAAGUGACGACGUCUUAUGGCGUGAUGGAGAAGGACUUAUUUGAUAUUCGAUCGAGACUUUGUCCACGAGUAAUACAUAACGAUUUCACUUAUCUCUUCUUUCACACUAAAGCAAUGAUAUCGUCCAGCGUACACGUUGCUCUU